AUAUUUGUUCAUGUGUUGAAAUGGGUUAAAAAGAAAGAAAAGUUUAAUACUGUCAAGUAUUCGCUGGUUAAUUUACCCGCGAACCCGAAAACCCUAAACCCAAUUAAACGUUAAACCCUAGGGAUUUCGAUUCUUCGAAAACCCCUAAACCUGAUGAAGACGGUAACGGGCAAAAUCCUCUCUUCAACUCCGAUUUCCGUCUCCAAAGCAACCAAAAUCAUCUCCAACUUCGCCGCUACAGACAACGGAGCGUCGCAAGCGGUGAGCGCAUACCUUCGACGCGCCUCGGCUUCAUUCAACGAGCUCAAACAGUUGCACAGGGAGCUGCGAAAACAGUCGAAAUCGGGUUGCAAGCACAAGAAGUCCAAGUCUGAGACCACAGUGGAAAGUGCCGGCGAGUCGAGUCUAGAACCGAGUGUAUUCAACUUGACUCGUGGUGCUGUGGAGCUGAGUCAACAGGCGAGUCAUGGGUGUGUGGAUAGUGAGGGAAAGAAGCAUAAGAACAAGAAGAAGAGAGAGAAGGGUGAGGUUGGUAAUGUCGGGGAUGGUGAAGGCAGAAGUCUAAUUUACGAUGGAGAGAGCAAGAGGAAGAAGGAGAAGAAUGAGAUUGGUAACUAUGAGGAAGAUGAGGAAAAGAUGGUAAUUGAGGAACCAAGUGAGAAAAAGAAGCACAAGAAGGAGAAAAGUGGCCGAAAAAUUGAAAAUUUUCAGGCAAAUGGGGUGAAAAUUGAGAAGGGUGAAAUGAGACAUGAAGCAGAAGGGCAAUGGGAGAACAAGAAGAAGCGUAAGAGUAGAGAGAUUGAGGAGGGAAUUGAAAAUGAUUCCUUUUCAGAGCCAAGGAAGAAGAAGAAGAAGAAGAUUAAAAAUGAAGUGGAUAAUUGAUUGAUUUGAGGCAAUGUCUCUGCGGCCAUUAUGUUUGUUGCAGGAAUUAGCUCUUGCUUGGAGUAUUUGGAAGCUGUCCCAUGGUCUGAGGAGGAAGAGGAGAAAGUCAUAUCUCAUCUCAGCCAACUUGAGCUUCAUAGCUCAAUGACUGAGGUUCUUCAGAGAGUAUCAUCUGAACCAUCUACUUCUGCAAGAGCUGAUGACAUCUUCUUGCAGCUACUUAGUGGUGUUCUUCAAGCCAAGGAUGAUAAAGCACGUCGAGAAAUGAAAACUCUUAUUUCACGGUUACUUAGAGAAGAUUCAUUUGAUGAUGACCAUCGGCUUGAUGUCUCCAAAGAGACCCUUUGUCAUCUCUGUCACAGAUGUCCUAGUUCUCUAGUCCUCUGCUUAUCUGAAGCUACAGGCAUGGACAAUAGCUGGCGAGAUCAAGGGGUUUUAAUGGCUGAAAUAGCUCGAGAAGCUGACAAUUUGCAGUGGAUUGUUGAUAUUCUAAUUGACAAAAGAAUGGCGAAUGACUUUUGUGAAAUUAUGGGCAGACCAGAGGGAACUAGUAGCCCUUCAUUCAAAGAUUCCCAUUAUGUACCGGCAUGAAAUCAGCGGAAUCACUGCUCAACUAUGUACCGCAAUUGGUAGAGGAACAUCUUGGUGCCGAAAGAUAGCCGGUUCCCUUUGCUGUCGACAUGGUUGGAAGCUCUUUAUGAAGACUUUGGAUGGAUGAGAAGGGCUUCCAGAUCUGUAGAUAAGAAACUAGUGGAGGAUGGACUCAGCAAGACAAUUCUUACCCCUUCUUUGAGGCAACAGCAGGUUAUCUUGCUCAGUUGGUUUGAUCGAUUUCUCAGAAAAGGGGAUGACUGUCCCAAUAUCCAGACAGCAUUUGAAGUUUGGUGGAGAAGAGCUUUCAUCGGACAGUACACUGAUGUGCAAGAUAGUUCCCAGUUGCAAAUAACUGUUGGCAGUUAAUCGACGUGAAAGCUAUGCCAAUAAAAGUUAAAGCCAAGUAUGUAUAUACAAAGUGACAUUCUUUUGUAAUUUGUCAGCUUGUCUCCAUGCUUUUGAUGUCCUUCAGUCCAUAUGAAAAUUUUUGUUCUUUUUCUGAAGCUUCUAUCUUCUAUAGCUGGGGCCAGAGGUCAUGUAUGGUAAGAACAUUGGUGUAUGGAAAUGAAAACGGUUUGACUCA